AUGCAUGCUGAUAUUAUGUUACAAUGCGAGCAUAGGUUAUUUAGGGUGCCUCCUUAUUUCUUAUCCAUCAUUUAUACCCAAUUUUCAUUUCCCAGUGGACCUUUGUGUGGCUUUCAUCGUUUCCACCACUUCACUUCCAACGGCUGCAGCUUCAAUGGCUAUGACUUUCACCUCGCAUCAGCGUUCAAGGGCCUCUCCUUAUCUUCUUCCUCUUCCUCAUCCUUCUUCGCCGGAGCUUCUCUCCGCGCGGGCCCCACCUCUGUGGUCUGCCUCCCACGCCGCCGCCCGCUCAUAAUCGAGAACGCGCACAAGAAGGGGGCGGGAAGCACCAAGAAUGGCCGUGACUCGCAGAGCAAGCGCCUCGGUGUCAAAAUUUACGGCGACCAGGUCGCCAAGCCCGGUUCCAUCAUCGUUCGCCAGCGCGGAACCAAGUUUCAUGCAGGAAAGAAUGUGGGGCUUGGCAAAGACUAUACCAUCUUCUCCUUGAUUGAUGGAGUGGUAAAAUUUGAGAAAUAUGGACCUGACAGGAAAAAGGUCAGUGUUUAUCCUCGAGAGGUACAACCUGAGAACCCCAACAGCUAUAGAGCAAGGAAGAGAGAGUUCUUCAGGUUGCAGCGAGAACGCAAGAAAGCUAGACAAGAAGGAGCAGUACUUCCACCCCAGCUUGUUCUGGCUUCUGCUGAUGAUGCAUCAAUCACUAAUCCAGUGUGCUGAUUCUGAUUAGAUUAAUUUACUGUGUAAAAUACGCAUAUAAAUUUUGUUGCUUUUGUGUAUCUCUAAACCAUCACAUUUAUUGAGUUUUGUUGAAGUAUCGAUGUACCAAGAUGUCUGUCCAUGUUUUCUGGGCAGGAAAAUUGAAUUCGUGCUCUAAAUCCAUCAUUAAUAUUCUAGA